AGGAACGCAUCUGGAGAAGCUGGGACAGGGUCCGGAAAGAGAUAUUACACAUCCGGAAAAGAGUUAGCAUUACUGGUUACACAUUGUGGCUAUACGUGUAGCGAUGGAUCCACAGCCUCCACAGAAGCCAUGGGAAAGGCUCAUUCCAGGGGCAAUGAGUGCGCCUAUAAAUUACAGAUCUGCAAACUUUGGACCAGCUGUGGGCCCUUCCUACUCUGCAGGCCCUCCGGUCAUGACCCGGAUGGUGCCCCAGGUUCCCCCCCGUCCCGUCCAGCAGGCUUACCGGCCGUCUUACAGCUCUUUGACCCCCUCCUACAGCCCAUAUGGGAGCUCCAUGUAUGGGGGCUACAGCCCCUACGGCGGCGGAGGCUAUGGCCACGGCCUUGGAGGGUACGGCCGCAUCUCCCACACGGAAGACGUUGCCCCCAGCCGCUUCGUGCAGCAGGCGGAGGAGAGCAGUCGCGGCGCCUUCCAGUCCAUCGAGAGCAUCGUCCAGGCCUUUGCCUCAGUCAGCAUGAUGCUGGACGCCACCUUCUCAGCGGUGUAUAACAGUUUCCGCGCUGUGCUAGACGUGGCCAACCACCUAACACGGCUGCGUUCACACCUCACCAGGGUUUUGUCGGCAUUUGCUCUGGUACGCACCUUGCGCUACUUCUACCGAAGGUUACAGAGGCUGCUGGGACGAAGGUCGGACGCCGAGGUCGACGAUUUGUGGUCCGACAGUGCCAGUGAUGCCCUGGCGACAAGCGUGUCCGGCAGGGAUGGGGCAGGGAUGGAGGGUCAGCCCGUGAAGUCCUGGCCAAUCUUUCUGUUUUUUGCCGUAGUCUUGGGGGGACCCUACCUCAUCUGGAAACUGCUGAGCUCAGGCCCUGGCUCAGAAGAGAACGCCACUAACUGGGCCACCGGGGAGGAUGACCACGUGGUGGCCCGAGCCGAGUAUGACUUUUUAGCCGCGUCCAAGGAGGAGAUCUCUGUGCGGGCUGGAGACAUGCUCAACCUCGCACCCAGAGAGCACCAGCCCAAGGUGCGCGGCUGGCUGCUGGCCAGCGUGGACGGCCAGGCUGCGGGACUCGUCCCUGCCAACUACGUCAAGGUCCUGGGGAAGAGGAGGGGCCUAAAGCACGUGGAGAUAGAGAGGCAAGGGAACACUGCAGCACACCCACAGUCCAACCCCGCCCAAGGCUUCACCCCGGGCCUCGGUCCAGCCUCCGCCUCGGUCUCCACGGAGGUGCUGCUGGAGGCGGCGUACAGAGAAACGCCAGCCCCCUUCAGUCCGGGAACACCCGGCUCCAGCGUGCCCUCCAGCACAGUGCUGAUCAUCCCAGAGAAGACUGACCUGUGAUGUUUGCACGCGCGUGCCUUUCUCUGUAUGCAAGUAAUGUGCGUGUUUACAACGUUGGUUGGCUCAGUCCGUAUUCGUUUGCAGCGUUUAAGUCCGAAGAUUUACUCAUUAUUAGCUGACCGUGGAUAUUCAGGAAAACACCAUAGACCUCCAUUGAGAAUUUCUCAAAGUAGUUCCUUGGCUUAUUAUUCAAAUCAUCGAACACCACCUGGACCUUGUGAUAAGAUUAAAGGUCAAAAGGGUUUUCCAUACACAGUUUCCCUGUUUUGCUCGUCUGUUUAGAACAAAUGUGUCUCAAAUUAGGAGGUUAUCCUUCCAUUUCUUGUACAAGAAAGAAAGUUUAGUGUGUUCUCUAAAUACGGCACACUGCCGUUCUUAACAUCAUGUCUGAUUUAAGAUGUAAUAUCUUGAUAUUGUUCAAUAACAAUAAUUAGCUCAAUGUUGAAGUUAAUGAGACGCACUGCUACAUCAUCUGUAUACGACAGUGUGAGGACAACGUUUCAUGAUGUUAAUUAUGUCUUUUGCCCUCACUUGGUCCUCUGCGUUGUCUUCUUUGUGUGGCAAAUGGGAUUGGAUUCUCAAUUGCUCACUUUGCACAAGUUCAGUUGUUUGUUAGUCACAGAUUGUAAUUUUGUAAAUAUUUAAUAUAAUUAUUUUGAAAAAUAAAUAUUUUAAAAAUCA